CUCCUGGUUGACAGGCGCCGGGGCUGGAUUUAUACUCCUGCUAUAUUUGAACCUGACCUCAAACUUUCGGUCAUCUUAUCUUUGAUUUGUGGGACUUUUGGCCUGAGAGAAACGCCCUGAAUUCCAAAGUUGGAAGUUGAAAUAUUCCUCUGAAGAAAAAAUUUUUUUUUGGGGGGGGUCCUCAGGAGCUUCUGGUAACAAGUUGUUUUUCAUGUAAAAUGUCGGUUCCUGGACCUUACCAGGCGGCGGCGGCAGCAGCGCCAUCCAUGCCCACCGCACCCUCGUCCUAUGAAAAGAUGGCCCCAGCACCCAUGCCGGGGCCUGCCACGGGGCUGAUGGCAGGCCCAGACGGGAAAGGUGUGACCCCACCUUCAUAUUACACCCAGCCGGGGCCUGCGCCCAACCCCAACGCAAUUGCAGUGCAGACGGUGUAUGUGCAGCAGCCCAUCUCCUUCUUCGACCGCCCCAUCCAGAUGUGCUGCCCCUCCUGCAACAAGAUGAUCGUCACCAAGCUGUCCUACAACGCCGGCGCCCUCACCUGGCUGUCCUGCGGGAGCCUCUUCCUGCUGGGGUGCGUGGCAGGUUGCUGCUUCAUCCCCUUCUGUGUGGACGCCCUGCAGGAUGUGGACCACCACUGCCCCAACUGCAAAGCCCUGCUGGGCUCCUACAAGCGCUUGUAGGCCCAGGCCAGGCUCCUGUCCCCCGCCCAGCGGGGAGGCCCCGUGUCUCCUCUCUGCAGGGACUCCACCUCUGUGUCUUUUUUGGGGGGCAGUGGAGUUGUAAAACCAACAACCUCCAAACCCCAGAAAUGGCUGCUGGAAGUCAUAUCUGGGACUUGCAGAGACCAUGACCUUGACAGCAGGUUCAAGUUCACCACCGCCCCUGGAGAUUCCCUCCUAAGAUGGCCGCCUUAUUUACAUACCCACAUUUGCAUACCCUCAUCUGCAUGUCUUCAUCUGCAUACCCUCCAGGACCCGCUGUCUGCUGGCUUCUCCAGCCUCAGUGGGCCUUUCUGGUGUUGCCUUUGACACAGCAGCCAUUGCCUUAUUUCUUAGACUGUUCUGUCUGAGUAUGGCCGCACCACCACAGAAUCUGGCCUUACUGAGUUUUGGGGCUGGGCUCUCAGAAUGAGUAACUGCAGACUUUAGUGAUCUAACUCAUUUGAAUUUCUUAUUUUUUUUUAAUGUAUGGAAAGGGAUAUUAAUACCAGGUGUGCACCACCGAGGCCAUAAAGGCAAAAGGCAAAAGGAGAGAAAGAAAGCUUCAUUUUGUCAUAAUUCUUCUGAUGUUCUUGUUUGCCAAGACCCGAAGGGAUUUUGGACUCGGAGAUCUCCACCACUCUGACCAAUAUUUGGUUUUGGAAGCUUGCAACCACCUGACAGGCUCCUAUCCCCAUAUCUGCUAGUUCACAUUCUCUCUCUCUCUCUCUCCCCCCUCCCCCCUCCCCUCUCUCUCGCGUGAGACUGGGUCUCACUAUGUUUCUAGGCUGGGCCUGGAACUCUUGAGUUGAAGCAAUCCUCAUGAAUAGCCAGAUCACAGGACUAUAGGCAUCUGCUACUUACCUGGUUGUUGUUGUUGUUUUUCUUUUCUUUUUCUUUGACACAGAAAAAGAAAUGAGUAGUGGCCUUUCCGUGAGUGUUCUUGAAAACUUCUUAGCUGAGUACUGGUAGCUCAUGCCAACAUUCCUAGCUAUUCAGGAAGCUGAGAUAAGAUUGUGGUUCGAAGCCAGCUCAGGCAGGAAAGUCCAUCAGACUCUUCUCUCCAACUAACCACCAAAAGAGAUAGAAGUACAGCGGUGGUUCAAGCCCUAGACCUCUAGCCUUGUACAAACAAGCUCAAGGACAGUGAGUGCCCAGGCCUUGAGUUCAGGCCCCAGGACCAGCGCGCGUGCACACACACACACACAUACACACACCCCUCUCUUCUGUGCACGGAUCCGUUUGGGUGGGACUGUGAGGUCCUCUCAUUUUGGGUCAUCUGACAUCUUCCCUGGUUUGGCCACAGUCCCAAAGGACACUCAAGUCCGCUAUGAUUCCCCAGAGGCGCAGCUGUGGGGUGACAGCGGAGGACCCCCAGGUCCCUGAUUGCCAGAACCCCAGUGGAGGCCGAGUGCGCUGCGGCCGUCUGUGCACUGGAGCUGCAGCCAGGCUCCACGGAAGCCUCAGACCUUGAACUCCAGCCGUGCCAUCGGCGGCUGUCGGUCAGCUACGGCCCUGGAUGGAGAGAUGGCCCCUGUGUUAGGAACAUGCCCGUGGGAUUUCUGAAUUCUGGACACCACGUGGUACUUUGGUGUGAUCUGCUUUCCAAAAAUAAAGACCUUGGUUCAUUCGGUGA